CGGAGUUGUGUCUACUAUGAUUAUGAUUAGGUACGUUGUAUGGCCUCGAUCAACCUCCGUUGGAUGAUCCGCUUCCCAAUCGACCUUCUGUUCUCGGACGAGGAGAUUCGCUUACCCCGGCCAAGGUGGACCAGUGCAUAACGUUGUAGGUAUUACAUGCGCGUCUGCCUCUGCAGGGUCUGUCUGUCUCCAAGACGAGGCCGCGUGCUGCCGCGUGCUGCCGCUCUUCCUGGAACCUUUAACACUGGCCCCGUCCUCUCCUGUCGACAACCUCGUGCUCCCCCACCUUUCUUUUUCUCUUUUCCUUCUUCACCCCGUCGUCGUCCGUACCUUGACAUCUCCAUCUCUCAGACUGGUGAUUUCGUCUCAAGUCUUCAUUGCGGCUGCCGACUUGCGGGCCCGAACAACGUUAACUUGCGUCGAUUCUCCCUCCCCUCGCCAUGGGCGCCAACCCGCUGAAGAAGGCCCUCAACUGGUUCGCGCCAGCGGCCGACAAAGCCGAAGACGGUCGUGAUGUCUGGGGCACGAGAGCCUCGUUCAUCCUGGCCUCGCUAGGCGGCGCCGUCGGCCUGGGCAACCUGCUGCGCUUCCCGUCCAUCGCCUUCAACAACCACGGCCUCCAGUUCUUCAUCCCCUACCUCAUCUCCCUCUUCUUCCUCGCCAUCCCCAUCCUCAUGCUCGAGAUCGCCCUCGGCCAGGCCUUCCGCGGCGGCUGCGUCCUGGCCUGGCACACCGCCAACCACCGCGCCAAGGGCGUCGGCCUCAGCGUCGUCUACACCGGCUUCGCCGUCCUCAUCUACUACGUGCCCCUGAUCGCCUGGAUCAUGACCUUCUUCCGCUACUCCUUCCACGACCCGCUCCCCUGGGCCGACGGCAACGUCGCCGAGUUCUUCCACGAGAGGGUCAUCCAGGAGGUCCCCGCCAUCCCCGGCCGCCUCUCCGACGACCUGUCCACCAUCGAACAGUGGAAGACCUACCCCGGCAUGGGCAUGGUGCCCGAGACCGUCGGCUGGUGCCUCUUCACCUGGUUCGUCGUGUGGCUCUGCAUGUUCAAGGGCGUCGGCCUGACCGGACGCGUCGUCUACUUCACCAUGGGCCUGCCCCUCGUCUUCAUCAUCGUCCUCCUCGGCCGCUCCGUCUCCCUCCCCAACGCCGUCGACGGCGUCCGCCUCUACUUCGCCGAGUGGCACGGCUGGAAGCUCGCCCAGGGCCAGAUCUGGCAGGAGGCGUGCGGCCAAAUCUUCUUCUCCACCGGCAUCGGCAUGGGCUACUUCACCAGCUUCGCUUCGUACAACGCAAAGUUCUCCAACGCCGUCCAGGACUCGCUCAUCAUCGUCUUCUCCAACUCCCUCAUCGAGGUCGUCGCCGGUUUCUCCGUCUUCGCCGUCGUCGGCUACCUGGGCAUCCAGCCCGACGAGCAGCGCCUCAACACCUUCGUCGUCGGCUUCUACACCUACCCCGAGGCCAUCGCCCAGAUGCCGGCCCCGCAGUUCUGGGGCAUCCUCUUCUUCGCCACCCUCUUCAUCCUCGGCCUCAGCUCCUCCUUCGCCCUGCUCGAGGCCCUGAUGACCAUGGUCAUCGACACCGACUGGGGGAAGAAGUACUCGCGCCCCGUCGUCUCCACCGUCAUCGUCAUCUUCUCCUUCCUCCUUUCCCUCAUCUUCUGCACCGAGUUUGGGUACGAGUGUCUCGAUGCCGCCGAUACGUUCAUCAGCUACCUCGCCCUCUUCUGGGCCGUCUGGUGCGAGGCCGCCUGCGCCACCACCCUCUACCGCUUCCGCGACGUGGUCGACCAGCUCGGCGUCGUCUCCUUCUCCGUCAACACUUUUGGUUAUAUUGCUGGCACCGUCGUCGGUCUGGUGGUGGCCCAUGCCGUGAGCGCCGAGGCUGGGGCGGGUGUUGGUUUCGGUCUCUUUGCCGUGGGCCUGGUCGCCGGUGUGCUCACCGCCAAGACGCCCACUGCCCCUACCCCUGGCGUGUUUGGUCGUAACAAGAUGCUGGCCAAGUUUUGGUGGCUUUCCUUUUACUCGGGCAACCAACUCCGCCGCGACCUCAACGCAACCAUCGCCAUCCCGGGCUCCAAGAACUGGAAGAUCCCCUUCUUCUGGGGCCCCGUCCUCAAGUACAUCUCGGCCCCCAUCGUCGCCAUCAUCAUGUCCUUCGCCUACCCCAGCUUCUACGCCACCCGCGAGGACCCCCUCCGCAUCGCCAGCUUCGCCUUCAUGAACGUCGUCCUCCUGAUCUCCCUCGUCGGCCUCUUCAUGCCCCGCUGGUUCAACGUCCUCCUGCCCGCCUCCAAGGUCCAGGAGGGCGAGUACCCCAUCGCCCCGGCCGUCGUCCUCUCGCGCGCCAACGUCGAGGGCCACCUGGAGCCCGUGGACGUGGAGCGCCCCGUGCACCACGAGACCGUGGAUGUGAGCAGUUCGCAGGAGAAGGUGGAGGGCCACCCGGUGUCUAAGACGGAGUAGAAAGAAAGAGAAAGAAGACAAAACACUCCGUUUCUCGCGACGACGACGCUCUGGCGGUUUUUCGGGGCUGCAGCAGUUCGUUCUCUUUCGUUCUGACGUUGCCAACACGGGGAAGGAUGCAGUUCAGCGAUGCUGUAAAUAGUUGAUUCGAUUCACUGCGACAUUCGACUUGCAUGUCGAUUAUAUACCCCAUUAUACCAAACUCAUAAAUAUACCCUGCUUUAAACGCAUAUUC